UAUGGCCCUGCCUGGAAGCUUGACGGCGGCUGCAGACCAUCACUCAGGACAGUCGUCUGAUCUCGACAUCUGCAAUCCCAAGAUUGUUCACCGCAAUCGUCUUCCAGCUCGUUCCUACUGGAUCCCAGAGAAGUCCCUCCUUCUGAAUGGUACAUGGGGUUUUGUAUACUCCCCGACACCUAAGCAUGCGCCGCAUCCCAGUUUGUACUCCGACGGCCUCAGCAGUCUUGUAGAUGCUCUCACGGUUGAUGGAAACGAAGGUCAGAAUGCAGUCAUCCAAUGGUCCUCUAUCACCGUCCCAGGGCAUUGGCAGUUGCAGGUGAGGUUAUUGAGAUAUUCUACAUCAACAGCGAGCAGCAAACUAAUAACCUUAGNNGGCUAUGGCAAACCCCAUUACACAAACACGGUCUACCCGUUCCCAGUGUGCCCACCCUUUGUACCAACUGAGAAUCCUACGGGAACUUACCGUCGCAACUUCUUCGUUCCAUCUUCCUGGUCCGAAGACUCUCAAAUUCGACUCCGAUUUGAUGGCGUCGACAGUGCUUACCAUGUCUAUCUCAAUGGGCAGAAGGUCGGCUAUUCUCAAGGCUCGAGGAACCCUGCAGAAUUCGACAUCACCAAUUUCGUGAAUCGCGGAGAGGAUGUCAAUCGCCUCAUCGUCAAUGUCUAUCAAUGGUGUGACGGCUCUUAUAUCGAGGUACUGCCAAACAUGUAUACUUUGUCUAAGGAGAUUCAAGCUAACAUACACUGUAGGNACCAAGAUCAAUGGUGGCUUUCAGGAAUCUUCCGUGACGUGCAUCUGAUAUGCUUCCCAAGCAAAACCCGCAUUGAGGACAUUUUCAUCAAGACAGAGCUUGAUGGAGAAUAUCGAGAUGCAAAGUUGCACGUUGAGUUGGACCUCACAAUACACGAGGCAGCAGAGGCAAUGCUCUCUCUGCGAAGCCCCAACGGCUCUUCUAUUAUUAACGAGAAGAUUCAGCUCUCCGCUGAUGCUUCUCACAGCUCACAUGUGUUUACUGUAUCGAACCCUGUUAAGUGGACCGCAGAGGCACCGCAUCUUUACAGCCUGGAGAUCAAUCUGCUAGAGCACAACUCUGAUACUUCCACUCAAACAGUCAAGCAACGAGUUGGAUUCAGAAAUGUUGAAAUCAUCAAAGGCAACAUCAGCGUCAAUGGCAAGCCACUUCUCCUGAGAGGCGUCAAUCGUCAUGACCACCACGCGUUGUUCGGUCGAGCCGUACCCUUGGCCUACAUGAGAAAAGAUCUGAUGAUCAUGAAGCAACACAAUAUCAAUGCUCUACGUACCUCUCAUUAUCCCGCAAACCCGAAGUUGUACGAGCUGUGCGACGAACUCGGUCUCUGGGUUAUGGAUGAAGCGGACCUCGAAUGUCACGGGUUCUAUGAUGCUGUUGAACGACCUCUCAACCUACCUCCGGAUAUGGGCUACGAGGAACGCAAAGAGUACACCUUUGCCAAGGCAGCCAAGUUCACAAGUGACAAUGAAGAUUGGAAAACUGCUUAUGUCGACCGCAUGGUACAGAUGGUAGAGAGAGACAAGAACCAUCCUUCAAUUAUCAUGUGGUCUCUUGGCAAUGAAGCUUUCUAUGGCCAGAACCAUGUCGCCAUGUACGAGUGGGCCAAAUCUCGAGACCCGGAGCGUCCAGUUCACUAUGAGGGAGACGUGAAUGCAGCAUCUGCCGACAUGUUUUCCUACAUGUACCCGCCAAUCGAACAACUGAUUGGUCACGCGACAGAAGAAGGCGAUGAUUUUAAGAAGCCCAUCGUACUCUGCGAAUAUGGCCAUGCCAUGGGCAACGGCCCAGGUCUACUAGAGGAUUAUCAAGAGGCUUUCCGCAAAUAUCGCAGACUUCAAGGUGGCUACAUCUGGGAGUGGGCGAACCAUGGUCUUCUCAAGACCGAAGGCGACAAGCAAUUCUACGCCUAUGGUGGAGAUUUCGGAGACGUACCGAAUGAUGACACAUUCGUCAUGGACGGGCUUCUGUUUAGCGACCAUACACCAACCCCAGGUCUGACCGAGCUGAAGAAGGUCAUUGCUCCUGUUCGAGCUUGGAUUGAGGGUAAGAAGCUGGUCAUCAAGAAUGAGUUUGAAUUUAUAUCCUUGGGCCAUCUGAUUGCUGAUUACAAGGUCGAGGUCCUCGGUAUCCGACCUAACCGUGUCCUUUCUGGUCCAAUCCAGCUUCCUCACAUUGGUCCUGGUACUGAAGCCAAGGUUGAUCUGCCCGGAGAAAUCUUCGAAUUGCAUCGACCCAAUGGCACAGAAGUGUGGUUGACCAUUGACUUCCGUCUUGGUGUUGCGACUCCAUGGGCAGAGGCUGGUCACAGUAUCACAUGGUAUCAGACUCGACUUUCGGCCAAAGAUGACGAUCACACCUACGGUAUUGAAAGGCCUAUCAUGUCGAGUGCCAUCACUGCAAAUGAAACGCAACUGCACUACCGAUUCAUUGGUUGUGACUUCCGCUUCAACUUUUCUCGAGCCAGAGGAAGACUGGUUGAGUGGGUGUAUGGGNGCAGAUCUGUCCUCAAGGAACGCGAGACACCUGAUGAUCCUUUGCUAGCUCUGGAUUUCUGGCGUGCACCGACUGACAAUGAUGCGGCAUCCAAGAGCAAGGAGUGGAAGCGUUACGGACUCGACUCCAUGACACCCCAGCUCCGCAGCUUCGAUCUCGAAGACAAUGGCCCCGACAAAGCUCGCCUGACCGCUGUAUACUACUACAGUCCACCAGUCCUCGCCUGGGGCUUCAUCGCCAAAGUGACCUACGAGAUCUCGUCCGCAGGUCAACUCUCUGUUAGAGUGCGCUUGACACCCCAAGGCACCGCCCCCAGCACACUUCCCAGAGUAGGCUUAAACCUCCAACUCGACUCCUCCUUCAAACAAGCAACCUGGUACGGCAAAGGCCCCGGUGAAUCCUACAGCGACAAGGCAACCUCGCAACAGAUCGGCAUCUGGAACUCUACAAUCCGCAAUCUUCAGACCCCGUACGAGGUACCCCAGGAGAAUGGCAAUCGCAUCUCUACGCGCUGGGUCAAGGUCUUGAACGAACAGGGCCUAGGCAUAAAAGCCACGUAUAUCCCUGGCCCACAGGAGAAGGAGUUCUUCCAAUGGGCAUGUUGCUUGCAUGAUGCAAAGGUACUGGAGAUGGCCAGACAUCCUUGCGAUUUGGUGGAAAGGGUCAGCCCGCUUUGGAGGCUGGAUGCUGAUAAUGCUGGCGUGGGCACUGCAGCUUGCGGACCUGGUGUCAAGAAGGAAGAUCAGGUGGAGUGUAGAGAAAGGGAGUUUACAUUUGUGCUUGAGCCUGCUAUAGACUUU